CCAGGGAGAACACCUGAAUGCCGGCUAUGUAGUACGGGUGAAAAUGAGGAGCCUGAACACUUGUGGCGGCAGUGUCCCGGAACAAACCAGAUGAGAAGGGAUCUAGGCAUCGUUGACCAAAACGAGAUGGUUGACGGGCCCCGUUCUGAUGGACUAAAUGGAAAUAAUGGAAAUGGAACCAGUUCCCACAGGAUCCGCACAAGGUGGAGUCAGGGGACUGGCCGGCGGGACCCCAAUAGGGGUGUAAGUAUUCCUUUGUGUUGGUCACUGAAAAAACUCUGCCAGUUCCUAGGAACUGACCCUAUGGCGGAGCUUCUCAGAGACCCAGGAUAGAAAAGUAUGUUUGUAACAUAGUGGAUGAUGACUGUGAAGUUUUCUCUGGCGGUGAAAAACUGUUGAGAACUUCAGGCGGAAAUCAUUCAGGGCCAGGUCUCAUGAGCCAAGCCUGCUCUCUCUUCGUGCAGCGAGUCCUUUGGUGUUUCUGGAAAGGGCCCAUCUGAGGCCUACCGGGUCAGCGGCGCCUGACG